UUAAGCAGCGGACGGACAGCUAACGGACAGCGAACGGACAUCGUCAUGAAACUCCAGCAGCUACCAGGACUUCUGUUCGUGCUGAAUCUGCUCUGUAGAGGACUUCUGGCCGCCGUGCACGACGAGCUGCCACAGUGCGGUCUUCAUGGCAUCUACAGGCAGCGACAGAGUCUGAUUGAGUCGCCCAACUAUCCGGACAACUAUCCGGUGAACACUUGCUGGGAUUAUGUGAUACGCUCGCCGUAUCGCUGCCCCACCAAGUUUCACAUUCAAUUUCUUGACUUUAAGCUGGAACUCUCGGAGAAGUGCAGUCGGGAUUAUUUGGCCAUUGGCCUGGAGAACGAUGGCGAGGACAUGGAUGUGCUCUGCGGUCAGGUGCUGGGCAUCAAGAAGUAUCACACACCCGACGGUGUGCUGCGUUUGCGCUUCCUCAGCGACGAUUCCCCCUGGACCACGGGCGGAGGCUUUCGUCUGCUGGUCACGCGUUUGGCUUGCGAGCGGGAGGACCUGGCUGCGAGGGGUCUGGAGGAGGACAGCGAGGACCAAGUGGUUGUGGAUGAUGUUGACACGGUGCAAGUGAGUGCCAAGUUGCCCUCGAAGAAGCAACAUCUUCAUCAUCAUCAUUUGCUGCAGCCACAGCAGCCGCAACAGCCGCAGCAGGAGGCGUUGAACUUUACUCAGUUGAGUCCUUGGGGAUUGAACGUGGGCUGGCCGCCAUUUUAUACGCAAGGAGCAGCACCUGGCGGGUUUUAUGUGCCACCUGUAGGCGUGUCACCGCCUUGUUUGCCACAGCAGCAGCAGAACCGGCAGCAGCAGCAACAGCAAUUGUUGCAGCAGCAGCAGCAAUUUUUACAGCAGCAACAAUACCUGCAGCAGCAGCAGCUCUUGCAGCAGAAUCCUUUGCAACAGCAGCAACUUCUACAGCAACAGGAGCAACAGCGACAGUUACAGCAGCAAUUUUUGCAACAGAAUCCCCUCCAGCAGCAACAAUUGCUACAACAGCAGCAACAAUUCCCGCAACAGCAGCAACAAUUGUUCCAACAGCAGCAACAAUUUUCGCAACAGCAGCAACAAUUGCCUCUCAUCUCGGAUCAAUAUCAAACGAGCGCCUUUCAACCUCCUAAAGUGACCCUCAAGGACUAUGACUCCUCGAGUGUGCAGCAGUUCGGUGGCUCGUUGGAUCUCUGCUGUUCCAGCAGCUUCAACCAAAAUCAUUUCUAUCUGUCGAGUCCUGGCUUCCCGAGGACUGUGCUGAACGCGCUGCUGCCCAACCAACAAAGGGAUUGCGUGUUCCACAUCGAAAAGAGUUCCCCGAAUGUCUGUCGGCUGAGAAUCCAAUUCAAAUUCUUUGAUUUUGGACAGAAUGCAGGAGGCAUAGGCAGCGGACUGGCUGGAGGAAUUGGCGGUGGAGUGGCAGGCGGCGGCUUUGGAGGUGGCAGCUUCGGAGCAGGUGGUUUAGGCGCCCAACAAUCCUGCACUGGCGACUUCCUGGAGCUGGACGGUCAACGCUAUUGUGGCUGUCGUUCCGGCUAUGUCCACAAAUCGCACUGGGCCCAGGGCCGCAAGGCUUUGCGCAUGCGCAUGGGCCAGUCGGGCAGCAGCACCUCCAAUGGCUUUCUGCUGGAGAUCUACCAAGAUCAGGACUCUGAUGGCUGUCGGCAGGAUCAGGGCGCUGGCUUUGGACUGGGCUUGCAGCAGCAACAGCAACCGCAGGCGGGCCUGGGCCUGGGUUUGGGUCUUGGCAUCUGGCCGCAAGGUGGCUACCUGCAAGGACCAUCUCCCGUGGGUUAUCCAGCGCUGCAGCAGCCGCUGCAUCCGCAGAUGUGGCCACUGCAGGGGGGCUACCUGAAUGGAGGUGGAUAUCCACUGCCUUAUCGCCAAACGAGACGCGUGUCCUGGGCGCGUGGCUUGGAUGAGCAUCAGCCUUCGAGGGUUGUGGAAACAAACUCCACGAGGAAGGAGUUCUACUACUUUGAUGGCGAUGAAGCCUUCGCACGUUCGGCAUUGGACGAUGAGGAGGAUAAACUUCCUGUGGGAGUGACAGUGCAGCCACAGGCACAGGCUCAAACACUGUCCCAAUCGCUGCCCCAAUCCCAGCUGGCCACGAAAGCCUUCGAGCAGAGCAGCUGCACCUUUGACUACAUGGAGGUCCUGAAGCUCUCCGUGGACACGCUCUGGCUGACGAAACCUUUGUGCUUUUCCCCGCUGCGGAGUUGGUUCCCGAAUAUCUUUGGUUGAAUAAUUAUUUCAUCAAGUGGAUGACGCGGCUCUGGCACCCGUAAUCUGCGAUCUUAGCGCUCUCUUUCUAUCUCUCUCUUUCCGUUUCUUUGUAUAUCCGCGUGGCAAUUGUGUUGACGUCAUACCAAAAUGCAUGAAAUAUAUGACAGAAAAAA